AUUUUAGGUUAGAAUUACCAACACAAAAUAUCAAAAUAUCUAGAAAUUUUCUCAAUUUCCUAGAAUUGUAAACAGCUGAUUUUUAUUAUUGCGCAAUGUCAACAAGCCCCUAAAUAUAGAAUUUUUCAGACUACUAUAUAAUACAGGAUGCUGCAAUUGCUGUGGUUUGGCAAGAAAACAAUUAGCAAUAAUCUCAACAUUUAUAUAAAAACCAGCACUGGUAAUACCUUAACUGUUGAUUUAGAUCCUAAUUGGGAUAUAAAGAAUGUUAAAGAGAUAGUGGCUCCCCAACUUGGUUUGCAACCAGAGGAAGUGAAAAUUAUAUUUGCUGGUAAAGAACUUGGAGAUAAAAUUACCAUUGCAGAAUGUGAUUUGGGACAACAAAGUAUAUUGCAUGCUGUUAAAGUUAGAAGGAAAUCACUUCCUAAGCCUCAGAACAGUUUCAUCGAUGAGGAGGAAGAAAAUGUGAAGCCUCUAUGUGAAACUUUGACAAAUGUUAUGUUCUCUAAUGAACAAAACAAUGAUGAAGUUGUAAAAAAUGGUAGUGACAAUGUCAGGGUACAUUUUUAUGUGUUUUGCCCAACUUGUAAAAGUCUCAAAACUGGCAAGCUGAGAGUUAGAUGUCAUUUCUGUAAAAGUGGAGCUUUCACUGUACAUUCAGAUCCUCAAAACUGGAAUGAUGUUUUAGAACCAAAACAAAUUACUGGACUGUGUGAGAAUGAUCCUGAACUCUGUGAAAAACUAUUAGAUAAUCGAGAACCAACAUUUGCGGAAUUCUAUUUCAAAUGCUCAGAACACGCAUCACUUGGCGAAGAAGAUGGAGCGGUUCCUCUCUACCUAAUCAGGCCUAAUUUAAGAGAUAUUCCUUGCCUUGCGUGCGGCGAUACCAGUGACCCAGUAUUUGUAUUUCCUUGUGCAGCCGGACACGUUACUUGUCUGGAUUGUUUCCGUCAAUACUGUAUAACAAGAUUAAGGGAAAGGCAGUUCUGGCAACACCCAGAGUAUGGAUACACUCUGGCUUGUCCCACUGGUUGUGCAGACUCUUUCAUUAAGGAAAUCCAUCACUUUAGGUUGUUAACUGAUGAACAGUAUGCUCAAUAUCAAAGGUUUGCAACUGAAGAAUUUGUGAUAAGAUCUGGAGGAGUGUUAUGCCCUCAGCCUGGCUGUGGUAUGGGAAUUCUCAUUGAUCCUGACUGUACUAAAGUAACUUGCGUAAACGGCUGUGGUUAUGUUUUCUGCAGGCUGUGCCUGCAAGGUUAUCACAUCGGAGACUGCGAGACGAACGAUUCUAAUCAGGAAAGUGACGCCGCAAAUUGUUCUUACAACGUGGAUCCGGCAAGAGCGGCUACGUCCAGAUGGGAUGAGGCUUCUAAAGUCACCAUCAAAGUUCUUACAAAACCUUGUCCCAAGUGUAGAACACCAACAGAAAGGGAUGGAGGGUGUAUGCACAUGACAUGCACUAGAGCUGGAUGUGCAUAUGAUUGGUGUUGGGUUUGCCAGACAGAAUGGACGAGGGAAUGUAUGGGUAGUCAUUGGUUUGGAUAAAAUAUACAUGUACAUUUUUAUAUAAAUAUAUUGUAUAUACUGCU